AUGAGAUGCAUAGAUUCUGAAACUAAUUUACAAGAUACAGUAAACUUAUCCAAAGUAGAUUUUCCUAUAAGAGGUAUACUGAACAAUAAUGUUACAAAUGAACAGGAGUCACACACUGUCAGUAAUCAAACUGCAGAAGGGAGUUAUGUGUCUGAAGUUGCAAAUAGAGAACAAAAUAUAGUACUGAUGGAGGAAGCAAAACAUUAUGUCUGUUCACCAAGUAGCAUUUCAUGUAUGAGUGUAAGGAAAACAUCAACUAUUACUAGUGAAACUGCUUUACCAAAGGAUACAUUUGAAAUUGGAAUGAAUAUAAGGGAAAAAAAUAAAGAUUAUAAUAAAACUAUAAGAUCGUUUAAUGAUAAAGCCAUGGAACAAGGAAUAAAUUUCGAAAGCUUCAGUUUAUCUCAAAAUAUUACAACUGACAUAGAAAAUAGUAGUAACAAAGUUAUACCAAAUAAUGAAUUUACCCAAAUUAGUGUAUCUGAAACUUUUGAUUCUGUAUCAAGAAAUUUAAACCUAAUAACCAUGGAAAAGAAAAUUGAUACAUUACAUAAUAAUGAUUCUCCUGAUCAUACUGAGGAAUGUAGUUUACUUAGGCAGGAAAGCAUAAUUGAAGGAAAGAGUAAUGAAAUAAGCAAUGGAACAUGUAAUAUGCAGCGACAUUUGCAUGCAAAUACAAGUUUGCAAACACAGAAACGUUCGUACACAGAUGAAAAUGUUAGUAGGGUAGGUGUAAAGAAGGUAAAAUUGAAUAGGCAUAAUUGGUGUACACAUUCAAAAAGUCAAAAAGAAACAAUCAGCAAAGAUCAAGAUUCUAAUAAAAUUAUACAGUUAAAUAGUGUUAGAUCAGAGUCUUAUUCGGUAGAUACAAGUAAUAAUGAAGCCAGUAUUAGUGUUGAAGAACAUAAUAAUACAGUAUCCAUACAAGUAACAAAAAUGAUCUUAAAUAAAGAGCAAGGUAUUUCAAAAUCAGUAGAGCAGGCUUCAACUGAAACUAUCGGACAUAUUCACAGAAUAGAGUAUGAUACAGUACAAAAAACAGGAAAAUCUGAAGAAGUAGUGACAGAAUCAUGUAAAUCACCUCCAGAGAAUACUUGUUUACUUUCAGUUCAAACAAAUUCUAAUAAUGAAAACAUAAACUAUGAUGAAGAUGAUUGUAUCUCUUUGUUUGCUGAUUCAAUUCUGAUGGAAGAAUACAAUGAACCAGCUGCACCUGUUCAACAAAAGUUAACAUCUAAAUCUUUGCCUGUUGAGAAGCCAUAUUUUAUGUCUGAUAAUGUGUUCGAUAAUUAUUAUAAAAACAUUUCCUCUGAAUUUAAUAAAGCAUAUGAUACGAACAAUAUAAGUAACAGUACAAUUAAUGUUUUGAAGGAAAACGAAAAGACACUAUGGGGGUCAAGCUUUAAAACUCCACAGACACAUAAAACUGCAAAUGUUGUGAAACAAAAAAAUAAUGAAUUAUUUACAAAUAUUUUUAAAGGCUACUGUUUUCACUAUGUAAGAUUUGCCAGCUGUAGUAAACAAGAUUGCCGUUUUAACCAUAACUUGUUACCAAAUUUAGAACGAUUACUUAGGAUCAAUGAAAAUUAUUUUUUUGAAGUGAUAGAUCAAUUAUUGUUAAACAUGUGUCACCAAACAUUAAGACAAUUGUACAAUGCAUUUGUAUGUACCAAUCAUAUCACUACCACGCUGAAAUUAUUAAAAAAAUUAUAUGACGGAGAUAUUAUUAAUCGUACCAAUGACGCCCAAUAUCGAAAUAGUAUUGGACAAUUGAUAAAACGUGGAAUUCCUAUAGAAACAAUCGUAUACUGUUUAGACAAAAUAGUAAACGACAACGAUACCAAGUUCGUGAGCUGGAUAUCGGGCAUAAUAUCGAAAUAUAUUGCGUUUGGUAAAUAUUGGAGUACAAUGAAAACUUUAAUAGUACGAGUGGGAAAUGUGGAAUCCGAAAUUAUCAAUAUUAUUUUAAAUGAAUGCGUAACAAUAGGGGACCACGUUCACGACAUAAAUGAAAAUAUUCUAAGUAAACUGAACUAUGAAACCCACAAACUGAUCAAUCAGAAUUUAUUGUCGAGAUUUAAUAAUUUACUCAAACGCCCAGACCAAAACACAGUGGUGAAGGAAACUGCAGCAACGGUUUCCGAUGAAUAUAUUAAAUCACCCGACCCAAGUAAUGGAAUAAAUGAAUCGGAAAUUCUAUCGACUACAUAUAAAAGUCCUAACACGAUUUCGCCAAAAGUGUGGAAGAACGUGAUCUGCGAUAAUAACAAUAACACACAAAAUAGAACUUCUUCGUCCGUCUUGCAUCCAAUAGAUGACUUACCUAAACCACAUUCGAUACAUGGUAGAGAAAGGUUUUGGAAGUUUUACCUUGACGUUCAUAGUCUGCAGGAAGGGCUAAAGCAUAAUGAUCAUGAUCAUGUUAAGGCAAUUCUGGACUCUGCAAACGAAAAACAGAAGUCCGUUUUUACACGCGCUUUUUACCAAAUUCUUCGCAACGAAGUAGAGCAUUUUCCGUAUCAUUUGAGUAAACUUGUCUCAACCGCAGUCCGAACCGGGGCAACGGCUAUUUUUUAUGAAAUAUUAAUCGAUGUCACGAUUCAUGUUCUGGUCGAUCUGGUUGAAAGGGAACUUUGGGUUUUAGCACUUAAGUUGCUGAAAGAGAUCGAUAUUAUGCUACACGAGUCAAACAGUUUUUAUAAGUUCGACGCCGCCACUAUCCUACUGUUUGCAGAAAUUUAUUUAGCGAAUCAAAAACCUAUGAAAGCUUUCGCUCUACUUAAGCAAAGUAAGACUAUUUACACAACUCGUAAUAAAUGGAAGGUACGAAAUAAUGAGAAGGAUGGUCAUAUUAGGGCACAGAUAAUAAGUCUUCUUUUAGACGCAUUUUGCGAAACGUCUCCGGAAUACGCGUUUUUCCUUUUCAAAUUUUUAAUUGUAGAUCAGAGUAGCAAUUAUUAUCCAGUAGACUUGACGUGUCAUGUGAAUAAAAUAGUCUCGUUGGUAUUACUUAAAGAAGAUCACGACCUGAUCGUCAGUGUUGGAGAACUGAUUAAUAAGAAUAAUCUUUUACUCAAUGCGAUAACCUACCGUGCACUGAUUGCUUCAUUAGUGAGCAUAAACUUAACGUUAGCUAAGGAGCUGCAUCAAAAUGCAAUCGGUUUAGGUAUAUACUCUACAGUGCAGUUUUGUCCAGCAACGUAUAUCAUCGUGAAGUCCGAUUGGACAAACGAAGAAAUGUAUCUUACCAUUUUGGACUUACUGCAACAACUUUCAACAAAUAUUGGGCACACGAUCAAUGGUAUUAAGUCAAAACAACUUUCAGUGUAUCUUCUUUUCGAGAGCACUCCAUCGGAAAGGCAACUCAAUCGUAACGAAGGAAUGAAUCAGCGGUGUGAUAAUAAAAUCAGGGAAAGUACAAUACUAAUGAAAAAUAUGCUCAAAAAACAAUUUGAUCCGCCUCUCUGGAUGGUAAAGAAUAGAAAAGGUAAACUGCAAAAGUUAAAUGGCACCAGCCUUCGUAGGUAUUUACAAUCUAAUCAGAAUUUUAUUUAAUUUUAUUAAUCGCAAUGACAAUGGCUCAGGGUUUUUGUUUAUACUUUUUUUAUGGACCACUGUGUGUUACUUUUGUUUCUAAUCAUA